AUGAAGUUCACCAUCUCCGCCGCUGUUCUGGCUCUCGCCGCCACCGUCGCUGCCAUGCCCAGCAAGCCCGAAGCCAACGGCAACCUUGGUGUCGGCAACGGCAACGGCAACAAGGGCAACAGCGAUGUCCGCUUCCCCGUCCCUGACGAUGUGACCGUCAAGCAGGCCUCCGCCAAGUGUGGUGACCAGGCUCAGCUGUCUUGCUGCAACAAGGCCACCUACGCCGGUGACACCACCACCAUCGACGACGGUAUCCUCGCUGGUACCCUCGGCAACCUCCUUGGUACUGGUUCCGGCUCUGAGGGUCUCGGUCUCUUCGACCAGUGCUCCAAGCUCGAUCUCCAGAUCCCCAUCAUUGGCAUCCCUCUCCAGGAUCUUGUCAACCAGCAGUGCAAGCAGAACAUCGCCUGUUGCCAGGGCUCCCCCUCGGACGCCAGCGACUCUCUCAUCGGCGUUGCCCUGCCCUGCAUUGCCCUCGGCUCUAUCUUGUAA